GACACAUUAUUCUCCGCCUCCUCUGCUUCGUCGUCCAGCGAGAGAGAGAGAGCGCAAAAAAGGCGCCCCGCAAAAGAAAAGGAGACAUGGCGGGGAUUAAAGCCCUUGUUGGCUUAUCGUUCACUGGAGCUAUGGGUCUGACGUUUCUUGUAUUGGGGUGUGCACUGGAAAGUUACGGCGUCUACUGGCCUUUAUUUGUUUUGAUAUUUUACUUCAUAAGUCCUAUUCCCCACUUCAUCACAAAAAGAGUAAGCGAUGAUACUGAUGCCGCAAGCAGCGCCUGCAGGGAGUUGGCAUGUUUCUUCACGACUGGAAUUGUGGUUUCUGCCUUUGCGUUUCCUAUUAUCCUUGCACGCGUUGAAGUGAUCAAGUGGGGAGCUUGUUGCCUUGUUCUGGCUGGAAAUGCAGUAAUUUUCAUUACCAUUUUAGGCUUUUUUGUUCUAUUUGGAAGAGGAGAUGAUUUUUCCUGGGAACAGUGGUAGACUUCACCAUGGAUUUUCAUAUGGAUCUGCACUUUAGGGCUUACAGGGAGCUUUACUAUGACACGGAUCUUAGAGUGCAUUGUAUGUAUGUAUGUAUGUAUGUAUGUGUAUACAUGCAUACGCAUAUGAUGACAUAUAUUAUUUGCAUGCAUUAAUAGCUUUACACUAUUGCAAGGCUUCCCAAACUUGGAUCUUCAGCUGUUUUUGGACUACAGUUCCCAUCAUCCCUGACCACUGGUCCUGCUAGCUAGCGAUGAUGGGAGUUGUGGUCCAAAACCAAUGGGAAAAACCAUGCACUAUUGGAUAUGGGUCCGCUUUUUGUAUCUGGUGCCAGCCUAACACAGGGUAAAUGUAUUGCCUUUUAAGUACUAGUCUUUCUCUUUAGUUGGAUACAUGCAACUUGCUGCAAUUUGUGAGAAUUUUUUGGACUGCAACCUACAUUUUGCAAAUUGGGACUGUCUUGCAGGUUAGGUGGAUUUGCAGUGAUGUGGAGUUUUGUUUCAAUACUUAAAUUUGAUACAACUUUUGCUUUUUAAAAACAAAAAAAUCCUGAAGUACAGAAAAAAGGUAUUGAAAGUAUAUCAAAUGCAAAAAAAAAAGUUUCAUUUUGCCAAAGUGCUGAAAUAACUGUAGUAAGCAUUUCUUCGUGACAAUAGCACAAAGACAUUUUAAUGUUAAUGUUUGUAAAAUACUCAGACUAUUUGAUUCUUAAAUUACUCAGGGUUUGUAAUGCUUUGAAAUACACUCUUAAAGAAGAGCUUUUGCAUGAGUGAGAAAAUGGGAUACAAUCCUGCAGCUGCAUUUCAUGCAUUGACAGUUCGAUUCUGUGUUGCUGGAAGUUUUGAGAUAAUUAAUUUUAAAAGUAGUUUUAGCUCUGGUAAGAGUAGAGGUAUUAAAAAUUAACGCUGCCCUCCUCUACACGUUUGCUUGGGAGUAACCCAGACACCAGUUUACUCUACUGAAGACAGUGGGAUUUAUUCCUGAGUCAACAUGCAUAGGGUUAGGUUGUGAAGUUGCCUUAUAAAUUAUGCUGCAGCAAAAAAUUUAGCUUUGAUCUUCUUUUCCUGGUGUUCCAAAAGUCUGUCUUUCACCAUCACUUUCAAAUAAUACAGAAUACACCUUUUUAAAGGUGGCAUGAUAAAGGCAAAUGAUAAUGUUCACUUUCUGGCGCAGGGAUGGGUAUCCCGUAGCCUCUGGCCUUAUUUCAUGUGGCCUUCAAUCUGAUUUAAUCUGGGUAUUCAAAAGGGUGUGCCUUGCCUAGCUCUGGGACCUGCCCCUCCAAAACUGACUUUGGUCGCACCCACCUUGACCAAGUGUGACCUUCAAAAGGAGAUCGGUUUCCCAUCUCUGUUCUAAAAGGUGCUUUACUCUUUAAAGUGGGAACACAAGUUAUUUUAUAGGUGAGAUAUAGUGAUGAAAGUUCCCACCCCCCAUUUAAUGUGCAAACUCAAAUUACUAUUUGUGGUGGUGUGAAAUAAAGAGUUACUGCAAGGGUUAUAAAGGUUCCUGUGAGCAUGAUACUGCUUGGCUCCAAGCUUGUCAUCCUGCCAGUAUCUCUGACCAUUUAUGUUAGCGAUUUUCAUUAUAUAGUAAAGGGGGGGAAAAGUAUUGUGGUACCCUAAAUACUCAUAGUAAUCUUACUCCAAAGUGCCUUUCUCCAAGAUUAUUGUGUUCUGCAGGAGGCAUUUGCAUCAAAGCCAUGCUGCAUGUAUUUGAUAAACAUUGCUUUGCAUUCUCUUGUUGACGAUGUUUCAUAUACAGCAUAUAUGAACUUUUCUAACCUUUGUAAUUUAUGUCAUUUGAAGUACUGGAAUUGCACAGUAUUAGAAUACAUUUGUGAAUGUAUUUUUUAAAAACUCAAUAAAAUUUUACUUCAAAGCCUU